AUGCGGCUUUUGGAUAUGCCAGAUGACAGUCUACGAAAAGUGUUUGGUUUUCUUACCUUUCACGAAAUUGCGCUUCUAAGACCGGUAUGUCGCAAGUUCAAUGCUAUAGCCACGCAACUCUUGAGAUGUGAGUACUGCCGACUAGAGCAACAGGUCCGCAACUACCGCAAAGACCUGAAGCUUCUCCUACCUCGACGCGAAUCUGAACGCAGGAAACACACACUGGCUGGGCACGCGGAUGUGCUCUCGGCUGUCGAGACCCGGCUUUCCCUUCUAGGAAUGACAAUAAUGCGUUACGUUGACGAAGGACUUUGCUCUUUUUUCCCGGGCAAGGUACUUGAUGAAGUCCGCCGUGUCUAUGUAACAAUAACGUCCUCAACAGACGCGAUUUCUCGGUCCACUGAACUCCUUCGAGAACUUCGGGAUAUCUCGUCAAUGGCAAUGGAAUAUUUUGAUGAGAUCCUUCUACCACGAAUCUACGAAUGUAAAAUGCAGCAGCAGAAGCAAUCCCCGACUGAGCUUUCUUAUCGGAGACGAAGUCGCCAACUUCAGAGGGCAUCAAUGUUAAACAAUUUAAACCAAUCGUUUUCGAGUCUAUCCGGCGUUGAUCUCGUCAGUUCCUCCAGUACACCGCCUUCAGUAGACACGCAUAAGUACCAACUUACCCAGACGGUCCACGAUGGCUCGUGCAGGCCUGCUUCACCUAAGGUUGACGAAGCAUCGAUGAGCACUCAGCUGGCCAGCCUUACCAAGCAAGUUAACGCGAUGCGUCAGAUGGUUACCGCCCUCACCGCGACCCAGCGUGAACUAGCCGAGCGAAACAGUCGCCUUAAUAAAGUCGUCAUUUCUCUUGGUUACCGGAUCCAUAAGCUCGAAAGCAAUGCCUGUACCCAGAACGAUACCGACGUUGUCGAGCUAGGUGGCAAACGACACCAAACGGCGUCAGGAGAACCCGCCCACGGUAGUGGCAUGUUUUCUGCGAGCAAGGUGAGGAGGUUAUCGAACACUUGUGGAUCGGAAAAAGAUUUGCCCUCUCCGCCCUCCUCCCCCAAUGCCUAA